UGACUCCUUGUUCCCUCCUUCAGACCUUUGAACUGGGAGGAACCAACACGUGGUGCCGACAGACAGCUGACCGGCUCUGACCGGCUCAGACCGGUUCAUCUAGUUUCACUUUCCUGAAAGCAGAAACGCACUCGGUCGCUGCUCAGACGACAAAAUGGCUCAGAGAGGAUCUAAAGAGUAUCCCCAGAGUUUCUCUUGUUCCGUGUGUCGGGAUCUGCUGAAGGAUCCGGUGAUUACUUCCUGUGGACACAGCUUCUGUCUGGACUGUAUUGAAGCCCACUGGAAUGCAGAGGAGGGUAAGAGACUCCACAGCUGCCCUCAGUGCAGGAAGACCUUCAUACAGAGGCCUGUCCUGGAGAAAAACAUCCUGCUGGCAGAGUUAGUGGAGGAGGAGCUGAAGAGGACUGAACUCCAAGCUGCUGCUGCUGCUGCUGCUGAUCACGGCUAUGCUGGAGCUGAAGAUGUGGCCUGUGAUGUCUGCACUGGGAGGAAGAGGAAGGCUGUCAUGUCCUGUCUGGUCUGUCCGGCUUCUUACUGUGAGAACCACCUCCAGCCUCACUAUGAUUCACCUCCGUUGAAGAAACACCAGCUGGUGGAGCCCUCCAAGAACCUCCAGGAGAACAUCUGCCCUCGUCAUGGUGAGCUGAUGAAGAUGUUCUGUCGCACUGAUCAGCAGCUGAUCUGUCAUAUCUGCUCUGUGGAUCAACAUAAAGGCCAUGAAGCAGUACCAACUGCAGCAGAAAGGACGAAGAAGCAGGAGGAGCUGGAGGAGAGUCGACUGAAAGUCUGUCAGAGGAUCCAGGACAGAGAGAAAGACAUGAAGCUGCUUCGAGAGGAGCUGGAGGCCAUCAAUGUCUCUGCUGAUAAAACAGUGGAGCACAGUGAGGAGAUGUUCAGCCAGAUGAUCCGUCUGAUCCAGAAAAGAAGCUCUGAGGUGAAGCAGCAGAUCAGAUCCCAGCAGGAGAAGGAAGUGAGUCGAGUCCAAGAGCUGGAGGAGAAGCUGCAGCAGGAGAUCAGUGAUCUGAAGAGGAAAGACGCUGAGCUGAAGCAGCACUCAGAGACACCAGAUCUCCGCCGGUUCCUCCACGACUACCCCUCAGCGUCAGCGCUCAGCGAGUCCACACACUCAUCCAGCAUCAGCAUCCGUCCUCGGAGACACUUUGAGGACGUGACGGCAGCUGUGGAGGAGCUCAGAGAUGGACUGCAGGACCUUCUGAGGGACGCAGGGACAAACAUCUCCCUGGCCAUCACUGACGUGGACGUUCUACUGUCAGAACCGACCAGAGCUGGGUUCUUAAAAUAUUCACGAGAAAUCACUCUGGAUCCAAACACAGCAAACCGAUUUCUGUUGUUGUCUGACGGGAACAGAAAAGUGGAAGUGAUGGAUCGACCACAGCCUCGUCCUGCUCAUCCAGACAGAUUCACUCCCUGGCAGCAGGUUCUGAGUAACGAGGGUCUGACUGGACGUUGCUACUGGGAGGUGGAGAUGAGAGGAGAAACUAAUGUAGCAGUUGCGUACAAGAACAUCAGCAGAACCGGGAGUUCAUCUGGAUUUGGACUAAAUGACAAAUCCUGGGCUUUACGUUGCUACAGCUACAUUUGUAUAUUUGCGCACGACACAAUUCUAACUCCCGGCUCAGGUGGUGCCGCCUCCAGAGUGGGAGUCUACCUGGACCACAGAGCAGGUGUUCUGUCCUUCUACAACGUCUCCUCCGACACCAUGACUCUCAUCCACAGAGUCCAGACCUCGUUCACUCAGCCGCUACACGCCGGAGUUUGGCUCGGUUCUGAAUCCAGUUUAGAGUUCAUUAAAGCUGAAUAGACUGAAGAGCAGCUGGUUCAGUCUGACUGUACACUGUAAAACACCACGGCUUGAUUUAACCGUCUGCUUAUUGAACAAUCAGCUGUUAGUUUACAGAUUUAUGUUCCUGAUAAGAUCUACUGAGAACACAGAAAGAACGUUUUCAUUCACAUGUUAACUGUAAAAAACAUCCACAUCAACAGUCGUUUGUUGUUUAAAAAAACAAAUCAUGAAUUGUUUCGCUGAUAUUUGAAGUUAUUUGAAAGAAACGUUCUGAAAAUUAAGGAUUGAUCGUUUAACAGGUUCUAAUAAAAUCACAGGAAAAAGUCAGAAUUUAUGUAAAAUCCAUUAAAAAAACAGUAAAUAAUGUGGAAUAAGAUGAUUUUAUGUGAAAAGAUGGUUUUGUUUUGUUUGUUUUUUCAUCUCAUGAACAUGUUUGUUGUGAAAAUCUUUAAAAGUUUUACGUGUA